AUAAUAGUCAAUAUGAAGUUUCCAAUAUGUCACCAGCCCACUUGUGAGGCAGAAGCACAGUAUUAUUUAAUGGACAAGAAAGUUUAUGUAUGAGCGGUAGAUAGGGACACUCAGUAUUCGAAAGAGCACAGUUUGAAGCUGGUUCAACCUGAGUCUGUUAAGAUACUUUUGAGGGUUAUUAAUCAGUGAAGAAAGGAAUUAGUCUUGGAUCAAGAAAUUAGAGACAAAAAUAGACUAAUGCUCUCUCCCCAGGAGGAAUCUAAAGGAUUUGAAAUGGCCAUCAAGGAGCAAAGCGAAGACGUGCUCUCAAGACUAAAAGAAGCUGUCGAGUGAAAGGAAUAUUAUAAGUUUAGAUUAUUGUUAAAAGAAGCUCGUCAAAUUGAAGAUAUGAUCACCAAUGAUCCAAUUUUCAUUAAGCAUGCCAUUAAUACUACUUGGAAGAACUCAAUGUCCAUUGCUCGAGGUGAAGAAGACCAAAGCAUUGCAUUUAUUAAGAAAGAGGCUGAACAAAGAUAUGCCGCUUUAGUUGUUAAAACUUCAAAAACAAUAGAAGCAGAAAGAAAAGAGAGUUAUCUGAAACGCAAAGCUUUGAAACAGAAGCAUGAAAACGAUAUGAAGAAUGACAAGAAAACUUUAUACUCCAGUAUUUUCUUUUUGAUUGGAAUUUUGGUGAUGUACCUCUUUUUCUCAAACUUUGAGAUUAAGUAUUCUGAUCAAUGACUCUCAUUUAGAUAUCUGAAAGGAGUAUCAUAUUCAAAAUUUAACAACCUCAGAUUAAAAUAUAGCAAAGCAAGAUCUAUGAUUCUUGAUCUUAAUAAUGAGUUAGAUCUACAAAGAAUUCUUUUAGACAAUUCCACUUCCCUUCUCAACACAACCGUAAAUUCAGAAGAAGCUAUUAUCUCUAAUCCCCUUCCAGAAUUUGAUCAUUCCUUAUGAGAUAUCCUAAAAACCACUAACACCUCUUCCUCUCCUAACCAAUCUACUUCCUCCACCAUCAAAACGAUCACUUUCGAAGACCUAAAGACCCUCUCCUAUAAAACCCCACAAACAAUCUCUAUCAACACCACUCAAAAUACCCUAUCUUUCCACCUCAACUCCACUAGAUAUUAUGUUUCUUUUACUGAUAAAGAUGAUAAGACUUUUUUGAAGAAUUACUUUCCUGGUGAAGUACAGGAGCUAAAUUUAUAUGGAUUUGAGGACUACUUCUUUUACCAACAAAUAAAUGAAUUUAAGCAAAUUGCUCCAAAAGUAAAGAAGAAGAUUUCUAUUUUUUGCUAUCUAGAAAAUAAUUUUAAAUUACAGAAAGUAGACUUUGAGAUCCUCAUUCCUCAUCUCUUACAUGUUGAAACAAUAGAGUUCUCUAACUGUCAAAUGGACUUACCAUCAACCUUAUAUCUUGACUAUGGUGUACUUAAGAGUUCCAUCAAGACAUUGCAUUUUGACAACAUUGAUCAAUCCUUCUUCAAGCAAGGAAUGAUUCGAUCUUCAAAAUUCCAAAAACUCAUCGAAAGUUUCUCCAAAAUCAAAAAUUUCAAGGAAAAUUUGGAGACAAUUAAGAUCACAAACCUCAAAUUUUUUGAAGAAGACAUCCAUAAUGCUCUUAACAGGUCAAAGUUGAAAGACGUCAGAAUUGAUAGAGGGAGAAUUGAUAGAGAUUAGGAACAGAUAACAUAUAAUUUAUCAGAGGUUUUCAACCUG